CUUGGAGUCACACAGACUCUUGUAAAGAUGGCGACGGUGAGGCACAGAGGAGUGAAAACUGGAUGCUUUACCUUUACUAAACACCGCUGGUCCAGACACCGUAAGAAUUGACACGGCAGCGGGAGCGAAACUGAAUCGACCCAUUUGUCAGCAGCAGCAAGCUGUUUAGUGCUGCGUGCUGUCGCUGCGGUCCUGGUUGCUUCUGUUUUCGGUUAGGCUGUCGUUUCCUUGGAUAGCUCAUUAGCUUCAAGUUGGAAAGCGAAUGCUAACAGAGGGCUAGCUAGCUGUGUAGCUAGCUCCAUCGGCUGCUGGAAGCUAUCUGUACGGCAUUCAUGGAUGUAUAACCUGACCAGGGCGAACGCUGGACUGCAUGUACCUUUUUUAAAGUUUUCAUUUUUACGGAAACAGCGCCUAUGACUCGCUUGGAUUAAACACUUUAGGGCGAAUACGGGGCACCGACGAUCUGGCAUUGCGACACUGUUUGGAGUGUCGAGGCGGAGUGAGUUUGCCGUCAUGUAUUUUCUAACCGGCUGGCCCCGGAGGCUGCUUUGUCCGCUGAGGAGUGAAGAGGAGCCCUUCCACAUCCAGCCCAGCUCCCAGAGGUUUUACUUUGCCGUGCUGUCAGAGACACAGCUCAGCAUUUGGUUUAGUCGGCCCAGUGUUUUGAUAGUCAGCUAUAUCGAGUCUGCAAAGGCGGCUGCCCAGUUUGGCUUCUACCAGAAGGCAGAAUGGAAACCAGACGACUCCAUGAUAGCUGUGGCUACUGCCAAAGGCUACAUUCUCUUGUUUGAUGUACUGGGUGGAGGGGAUGACAAGUCCCUCUAUGAGCCUGUCUAUCCAAAAGGAAGUCCUCGUGUGAAGGUGACCCCGGGUUAUAAGGAGGAGCAAUGUGCCCCCGCACUCUCUUUAGAGAUGAAGAAGCCUGUGGAUCUUGAGGCCCCCAUCACCAGUCUGCAGUCCCUCCAGGAGGACUUAUUGGUGUGCACUGCAGACGGCUACCUCCAUGUGCUGCACUGGGACGGGCUAGGCAGCAACGGGCGCAAGGCCAUCUGCCUCACUACAAUCCCCUUCUCUCUAGACCUGCAGUCUGCUCGAGGUGGUCCCUCUCUGGACCUGGAGGGAGUAUAUAUCCGUUGUAUGGAGUAUUGUGUGACCCUGGACGGCUUCGCUGUGGUACUGAGUGACGGACGCCUGGGCUUUAUCACACCGCUCAGUAACACCAUCACCGCAGAUCAGUUGCAGGGCGUCUGGGCAGCAGAUGUGACUGAUGGCACCUGUGUGGCUGUCAACAACAAGUACAGACUGAUGGCCUUUGGCUGUGCCAGCGGCUCAGUGCUGGUGUACAUGAUAGACACCACAACAGGAUCCAUGCAGCUCUCCCACAAACUGGAGCUCACCCCAAAACACUACCCAGACAUCUAUAACAAGACGGGUCCAGUCAAGCUGAUCUGCUGGUCUCCUGACUACAGCGUUGCCAUGGUUACAUGGGAGUGUGGUGGCCUAUCGCUGUGGAGUGUCUUCGGAGCCCACCUCAUCUGCACUCUGGGAGAGGAUUUUGCGUAUCGCUCUGAUGGUACCAAGAAGGACCCUAUUAAAAUUAGCUCUAUGUGCUGGGGAGCAGAGGGCUACCACCUAUGGGUGCUCCCGAACAAACCGGAGAGGGGAAGGCAGGAGGAACAGCAGCAAGAGGAGGAGGAGAUGGUCACACCUCCCCACCCCUCCCUGCAGGCCGGCAUACUGCAGUUCCACUUCAUUAAGAGUGCCCUCACAGUCAACCCCUGCACGAGUAACCAGGAGCAGGUGUUGCUCCAUGGUGAAGACCGCCUCUACCUGACCUGUGGUGACCCCUCGCAGGUCCACAGCACCUCUGACACACAUCCGCACACACACUUACACCCACACGAUGGCAGCCCACUGCACCACCCCCCCAACCCCGACUCCUCUCUCUCUCAGGGACUAAGCACUUUAUUGGGACACAAGCACUGGCAUGUGGUCCAGAUUCACAGCACAUACCUAGAGAGUAACUGGCCUAUACGGUUUGCAGCCAUAGAUACAGCAGGCCAGUGCAUGGCUGUAGCAGGGAGGCGGGGCUUUGCACACUACUCCUUAUUCACGAGGAAAUGGAAGCUGUUUGGAAACAUCACUCAGGAGCAGAACAUGACGGUGACGGGAGGUCUGGCUUGGUGGAAGGACUUUGUGGUGGUGGCCUGUUACAAUUUUAUAGACCAGCAAGAGCAGUUGAGGCUCUAUCAACGCUCAUCCAACCUGGACAACGCCUUUGCAUCCGUGACUAAGCUGCAAUCAGACACUCUGUUGCUCAAUGUCUUCAGAGACAUGAUCAUCCUGUUCAGAGCUGACUGCUCCAUCUGCCUCUAUAGCAUAGAGAGGAGGAACGACAGUCCACACCCGACAGCCAGCGUGGAGUUGUUGCAGGAGGUGUCAAUGUCUCGCUACAUCCCUCACCCUGCCCUCGUGGUUUCUGUCACACUCACCUCUGUGCGCACAGAGACUGGCAUCACAUUGAAAGCCCCGCAGCAGGCCUGCAUGGCAGAGAGCAUCAUGUUGAAUCUGGCUGGCCAGUUGAUCAUGCUGCAGAGGGACCGUUCAGGACCGCAGGUACGAGAGAAGGAGACGCCUGCCAACAACAAGAAGCUGCUACCAUUUUGUCCUCCGGUGGUGCUAGCCCAGUGUGUGGAGAAUGUGUGGACCACCUGUCGCUCCAACAGGAAGAAGCGCCACCUGCUGGAGGCCCUGUGGUUGUCCUGCGGUGAGGCGGGCAUGAAAGUCUGGCUGCCGCUGUUUCCCCGAGACCAUCGCAAGCCCCACUCCUUUCUCUCCAGGCGCAUCAUGCUGCCCUUCCACAUCAACAUCUACCCACUGGCUGUGCUUUUCGAGGAUGCCCUGGUACUGGGGGCAACCAAUGAGACUGUGCUCUACGAUGGGCUGCAGGGAUCCUCUGAGCCUCUGGAGGCGCUGUUCCCCUACUGCACCGUAGAGAGGACCUCCCAGAUCUACCUCCAUCACAUCCUGAGGCAGCUGCUGGUCCGCAACCUUGGUGAACAGGCUUUGAUGCUGGCUCAGUCAUGUGCCUCCCUCCCCUACUUCCCGCAUGUCAUGGAGCUGAUGGUGCACGUCGUGCUGGAAGAAGAGGCAACAUCGCGGGAGCCCAUCCCCGACCCUCUGCUGCCCACCGUGGCCAAGUUCAUCACCGAGUUCCCCCUCUUCCUCCAGACCAUCGUCCACUGUGCCAGGAAGACGGAGUACGCCCUGUGGAACUACCUGUUUGCCGCUGUGGGAAACCCCAAAGAUCUGUUUGAGGAGUGUCUCAUGGCUCAAGACCUGGACACAGCAGCCUCCUAUCUGAUUAUACUGCAGAACAUGGAGGUCCCAGCAGUGAGCAGACAACACGCCACUCUACUCUUUAACACGGCGCUUGAGCAGGGCAAAUGGGACCUCUGCCGGCACAUGAUCCGAUUCCUCAAAGCCAUUGGCUCUGGGGAGAUGGAGACACCGCCCCCAACACCCACCACUCAGGAACCCAGCUCAACUGGCGGUUUUGAGUUCUUCAGAAAUCGAAGUAUCAGUUUGUCGCAGUCGGCAGAUGCCAUCACUACGGGCAAGUUCAACCUGCAGAAGACCUUCAGUAUGCCCUCUGGACCAUCAUCUAAAGGUCGAGAUGCGGAGUGUGCAGAGAACAUGUAUAUUGACAUGAUGCUCUGGCGCCACGCCCGCCACCUCCUGGAGCAGGUACGCCUCCGCGACCUGGGUUGCUUCUCUGCACAGCUGGGCUUCGAACUCAUCGGCUGGUUGUGUCGCGAACGAAACCGCGUGGCCCGCGUUGAGGAUUUUGUUUCUGCGUUGAAGAGACUCCAUAAGGACUUUCUCUGGCCUUUCCCUGUUAUUCCUGUGGGCAGCAUCAGCUCGCCUCUGAAGAACGGACGGUGUCGCACAGUGCUGAGCACACGACUGUUAAAGUCGCAGUCAGCUGACAGCCUGUUGAACAGCGACAUGGACACGGCGCCCCCUCAGGCAGCUUCCAGCAACCUCACCUGGCUGGACGGGCUCGACCAGAGGGCCAAAGACAUGGACACGGCCUCGUCUGCUCACUCCAACCAACACUCGCCGCAGACACAUGAUGCGUUCCUCUCCCUGCUCACCAACAAAGUGGAAGAGUACAGUGUCGGCUCGGCCACAGACUUGACAGAGACCAGCUCGGUGGUGGAUGGUGAUUGGACGAUGGUUGAUGAGAACUCCUCCACUCUGAGCCUGAGCCAGGCCGAGUUGGAGCACAUCUCCAUGGAGCUGGCCAACAAAGGCCCACACAAGUCACAGGUGCAGCUCAGGUAUCUCCUUCAUGUGUUCAUGGAGGCAGGCUGUCUGGAGUGGUGUGUAGUGAUUGGUUUGAUCCUGCGGGACGCCAACGUCAUAAAGCAGGUGAUCGGCUUCCUGGACAGCCCCGAGGUUCCCCAAGAAACUGUGCAGAGUGUCCGCAACGGCUUAUUAGCUGUCGACACAUGGGUCUCCACUGACUGCCUGGGUUACAAACCAUUUCUCCACCUGAUCCAGCCGCAGCUACAGGAGCUGAUGGAUUCAGCAGCUGAGCAGGUGCAGCCUGAGUCCUUCCAGCCCACCGGCCAGAGCUCCAAGCUCAGCGGCUCUGAAGGGCUGGGAGGUGCUGCGCUACCGCGGCCGGAGGACAGUAGAGGAGUAGCGGCUCCGCUGGGCCUGGGCCUGGCCCUGCCCUCCCUCGAACCCGCGGGAGGUUUUCCCCGUCCCCCCUCUGAGGACUGCCCUCCUGAACAGACAGAGGAGCAGGGAGAGGAGGAGGGAGCCUACGACUGCACCUUGUCCUGAAGCCGAGAGAGAGAGUUAGUGUGUGUGUGUGCGCGCGUGUGGUUCUCGACUUCAGUCAGUAUUAUCCACUCUUCAGAUUUUCCCUCUGUGUCGACGAGAACCCCUGUGGAUACGGAGCGCCAGACAGCCUGACUGGCACAAAGACACACACAACCAGAGACGGGGUUCAGUCGGAUGGUUCCUUUCUAAAAGGCCUCAUUUUACCAAAAUGUGCGGUUAGACAAAAGGCCACCUAUGUCCGUUUGUGUGUUUAUACAUCAGGUUGUGGUGUUUGGAAGCUGUAGACCAGCACAGGAAAGCACCAGGCUUUUGUUUUAAUUAUUAUUCCAAGACAGAUUGUUUUGUGGGCGUAACUUUUGUUUGGCACUCAUUCAAGUGCAACUGGAGACUUUGAAAUGUUUUUUUUUUUUUUUUUUUUUUUGGUUCACUGUCCAGACAAAAAGCUCCGUUGUUUUCCUUUGGUAUAAUGCAAACAGUGCAAGAAUCAGUUCGAAGACAAAAACAAACCUGAGUGUAUUUGCAUCAGCAUCAUGCUACAUUGCUAAGCAUAAUGUAGAACAAAGCUCUAGUCAUGAACCAUUUACACGAUGCACUGAGGUGUGUCUGAGCCUACAGUACAGUGUGCAGUUCUGUUUGUGUGCCCAAGAGGUGUUUCAUACUUUCAUACCUCAUAUGAUUUCAAAAUAUUUUGUGAUACCUUUUUCAAUAAUGUAAGUGUACAAGAUAGCAUUAUUUUUCUAUCGAUUACACCUUGUCCCUCUUGAGUCUCCCUGACUCAUUGGUAUGAAUUCUAUGUAAUUCUUGAGAAGUGACGACCUUAAGAUUUCUAAGAAAAUGAUCCCUGAGAAGAAUCCACUGUUGAGUGCAGACUAGUUUCUUACCACUGAUCAGUACCUCUGUUCAUGUUUUCUUUCUUCAUGCACCAUGAAUUUGCCGAAGUCCAGGCCCAAAGUGUCUGAGCCUGAGUCCGCUGUCUGAUCCUCUUCAUGUGGUCCAGAUUUUAGACAAGCAGAUCAGUGUUGAGCCUUCCCGAGGUGAGCAGAUUUAAGGCUGCAGUGCAGUGAAGGCGCUUUAAAAACCAAAUCAUAUGAUGCUUUAUCCAGCUUUUAAACCCACAUUUGGGUUUCAGUCUCCAUCUGGGAGAUUCCAAAAUGUGUUUCCUAUCAUCAGCGAGACAGACUGUUAAUAUUGUGUUAUUAAAGCCAUCCUACUCUGUAGAUUCUGUACCUAUCCCUUGUUGAAAGAGCAUCAUUUGAUUCCCUCAUCAGUAAUGUUAACGGUGACAUGUCAGUAUCAUUUUUAAAGUGAGAAUAAGAUUGAUUUUGUCGUUGUGUAGUGAAUGAGUUGUUGUGUAAUUUGCCCCUCAUCAUCAUGAUAAGGACUUAUAUUUCAUCCAGUCCAAUAUGCAUAUCGCAUCCCAGAACCGCUUGAGACGAUGAUUGCCAGUUCGGGUGCUCCUGCGUGGAUUUCUGAAUGCGUGUACCACAUCGUAUAGAGAACGUGUUGACAUGUUUGGUGACUUUCAUCACAUGCAAAUUCAUUUUAUUGUUUUAGUCCUCAUUAUUACUAUUAUUUAUUGGCAUUAUAGCUGAGUGGUAAUUACUGGAUUGAUGCUUGGUUGGUUUUUAUGACUGAUAAACUUCUCCCCUUUUUAGUUAAUCAAAGUCAUGUAUUGGGUUUCUACCGCAAGCACUAAAAGGUUCAAAACAGAUAUGUCAGUAUUAUAUCGUGCAAUGUAUUGAAAUGUUACUCAGCUUUAUUUUUUAUGUUCACUACUUUUCCCCAGCUGUUUGCUUUUACUUUUCAUGAUAGACCAAAUCAUAUUUUAAAGAUACAAUUGUGCUCUCUUGACGGUGUGUACAAGAUGAGUCGAGUGUGGUAACUAUUGAAAUUUAUAUAUAUAUAUAUUUUUUUUUUUUGUGAAUGGCCUGCAUUGUUAGAACACUCACUAUUCACGAAAGGGCAAAAUGAUGUACUGUCGUCACUCAACAUAGAUCCUGUUGCACCCUUGUUCCAGUGGGCCCGUCUCCACUCUGAACAAGCCUACAGCCACACUACGCUGCUCCGCUGUAAGCUUUACUUGACUUGAAGCGGUAACAUGACGAACCAAAGACUUCAUGUCCAGAGGCCUUCUGUUUUAACCGGUUGCUUUGAUUGAGCGCUUGAAUCAUGAUGUCACACACACCCUUACCCCAUCCCUCUCAUCAGAAACAUAAUCAUUGAUGCUCAAAACUAAUGCUGACGGCAUAUGAGACAAUUUCCUACGGAAAUGAAUAUUGCAGAUCUUUUCUGGUUUCCUUCUCUGCGGGCAAGGAGCGGUCGGUCAGUUGCGUCUCGUGGUACUCGGCGCUCCCUCCCUCCUGUGUACAGUUUAAAAGUUUUGCCUGUUUCCUGACUCAGAGUUAAGUUUUAUUUCUGGGGCGGCAGCAGCAAACAUCCUCAAUGCAGUGUAAAGAUACUCUCUUGUACAUUUGGCUUUUCUACUCAUGUUUGGUUUUCUACUUCAUUUUUUUUUUUCCUUGUACAUAAAGAUCAAUAAAUUAUUUUUAAAAAUG